AAGAGGGCUCUCAGAUUCAAGUGGAUGGAAAGAAAGGAUGGACGCUCCAACGGGUGACAAUCAAAUUAGCCCUGAGGAGGGACCCCCGUCCCCUACGCAUUCGGAUUUGGGAACAGAACGGGAUUUGAGUCCGAUUUUUACUCCCAAACCUGAGCCUGACGAGCUUGAAGCUGUUGAAGAGGAAAUCGUUGUUGAAGAGGAAGUCGCUGUUGAAGAGGAAAUCGCGUAUCCGAAAGCCGAAUGCACGAUUUGCAAGAAGACGGUUACCAAGUGGCUGGACCUCAUCAUUCUCCCCGAUGGAGAACGUCUGACCAAGAUUGGCCUCAUGCUUGAAAGGGAAAAAGCGCUAGCGAGGAAACCGUACUGCUUGGAGUGUGCCGACGCCCAGGUCUGGUACUGGUUGUUGGUCAAUGUCGACCGGAGCAGAAACAUUCGUCUAACACCAGCUCAGUGGAGACAGAGGGUCAUCUACAACCUCGAAACGAACUUUGGUCUUGUAAAGAGAAGGGUCAAUAAUCGGUUAAUGAUGGCCGAUUAUUUCAAAUUCUGUCGCGGGUGCGACAAUAUCAACGCCCAUGUCGACAUUCCUGGCCAACCCUGCAAAGCCUGUAGGAACCGUCCACGGUGCAAUUACUGUGGCCGAAACCGACUUGGACUUCGUGGAACCAGGGCCAGAGCUAUUAGAUGUUCACGGUGCCGUACCAAGUCAAGCUUAGCCUUUGCGCUCCCACCGGUUGACCCGGUCAUACUGCCCGACCCGACACCCGAGGGCUCCGAGGCGGAUCAUGAGGAGGCAGCGUGAGUCGCCGCUCUCUGGUUUCUCAUCUUGUGCCAACGAUUGAUGACUCGAACUCGGCGUAGAUGGUCUUUUAGAUAUCUAAUUCUUUUGUCAACACAGCCCGAAAAGAU